AUGGAAUUGUUAUAAUUUGACUGGGAUUUGUCUAUUAUUAGCCGCGCAUUUCGUUUUGGCGUGCGGGGGCUUAAAUACAGUAUAGUUGAAGUACACGCGCGUGUACAACAGGCAUACCUCUCGAUAAACGUAGCGCUGUGGCCUGGUCUGGGAAAGGGACGUAUACUGACUCGACCGCGAGGAGUGAAUGCCACGAAAACAGGUAUCUCGGAAACCGAUUUUCUUUAAUUUGAGGAACGGACGACACUGGCCCCCUUUUCAUGAUUGUGUGAGAGGUGAAGAUGAGUGAACAACAAAGGACAAAUCCUGUGCAGCAGAAGGUGAAGUGCCUGUUCGAGAUCAAUGUGGAACCUAAGGCCUCUGGGAAGCGCCCGAACCAACCUUUUCUCGUUGUAGCCUCGGACAAACUCCUUGUUGAAGUGAAGCAGCACAUCCUGGACACUGCCAUUGUUUCGGAGAAGAUUGAUGGCACUUGCUGCUAUAUUGCUGAGUAUGAAGGUAAGCCCUGGUUGUGGGCUCGACAUGACCGGAAGCUGAGUAAACCGGGGGACAGAAAGCUGAAGAAGUAUUUAUCGGAAAAAAAGGCCUGGUGCGAAGAUGGGGAGAUCGGAGACAGGCCCACCAUUGCCUGGGACAUCGAGAUAGACUUCAAGGAAGUCCCCAGUCAAUGGAUUCCAGCAUUGGAAGUGUCAGUUGAAUUUGGUGUCCCUCAACCUGAUGAGCAUGGACAUAUCCCAGGUUGGGUGCCCGUGGACCCCAACCAGCGACAACACCUAUGGCACCUGUCCUCUGUAGACCUGACCAAGGGACUGGGGCUUGUACUGAGACAAACUGCAGAGGGCCUCUGUAUUGACUGUGUGGCUCUGAUAGAGCUCCUUGGCAACACUGUGGAGCUCAUUGGAACAAACAUCAAUGGAAACCCUUACAAGAUUGGUAACAGGCAGAAGCCAUUGCAUCUCCUGGUUGUCCAUGGAAGCAUGACCUUGAACUGUCCUCGACCUCCGACCCGCGAUAAUCUUACUCAAUGGUUGAUGGAAAGUGAUGAGGGUCUAGUUGAGGGCAUCGUGUGGCACUGUGAGACUGGGGCAUUGUUUAAGCUUCAUCGCCAACAUGUUGGCUUACGAUGGCCUAUUGACCUCCCCCACCUCUCUAAGCAGACGGUCAAGAUUAAUGUGGAUGGAGCAGCCUAUGAAUUCAGUGAAGAGAGAUCCCUGUUUAAUCUCCUUGCAGCGAAAGGUGGCAUGACCUGUGAGAAGUUGUCAGAGCUGCACGAUCUUCUCUACCCUCAAACAUCUGACCCGGAAGAGACGUCGUCAGAUUGGUUAAACAGGGCCAGAAAUGUAGCUCCCUUUGUGGUAGGAGCUGUGGCUCUACCUGUAGCAAUACCUUUUGCUCUCUCUGCCGCGGGCUUCGGGGCCAGUGGAAUAGUGGCAGGAAGCUUGGCAGCACGAGCGAUGUCUGUAGCUGCUGUUGCUAAUGGAGGGGGCGUAGCUGCUGGAGGAGCUGUUGCUGUCUGCCAGUCGGUUGGUGCAGUGGGAAUGAGUUCUGCUGCCACUGCUGCUGCAAGUUCGGUUGGCGUUGCAGUUGUUGGCGCCUGGAAAGGCGCUACAUCUUUUUUCAAUCGGAGGAAUAACAAUUAGAAUGUUUAAUCAAUGGCAUAUUGAUUGAUUGUAUUGUUGGUCAUGUAUUAACUUAGGUGUGAUUCAUGCCCAGCUCGUUAUCUAUAUGGUUUAAAUUAAUGUGUGCGACUUAUUCCACUAGGUCCGCGUUCUUUAUGGACUAUUAAUUGAGUUAACUUAAUUACUGAACUUGCAGCUGAUUAAUGUAACCAGUAAACUUGGAACAGCGAUGUUUUAUGAUUUGCGUCCCUUAGGCAGGCCAGAAUCCUGUGAUUAUGUCGACAAUGAUAAAACCUGUUUCUUAUUAUUUGCAUUAAUUGGACUGUUGCUUGUCCACAUGAAGGUUAGGAUUGGCCUUCAACAACCCUUGCUUGUUGUAAGAGGCGACCAACAGUAUCUGUUGGUCAGGAACGCUGACUUGGUUCAUGCAUGUCUUCGCAUUCUCAAUUGCAUAGAACGAUGCUCAUGAUGUCAAUCACUGGAUUGUCUGGUCCAGACUCGAUUAUUUAAAGACCGCUGUCAUAUAGCUGGAAUAUUGCCGAGUGUGGCAUUAAACAACAAACAAACAAACAGGUCGUCGUCAUAUAUAGUUAGAAUAUUGAGUAGGUGAGACCUGAAACGACAACGGUAAGAAUGAUUUAUGUAUAGUUGUAUAUGCUUUAUUCAUUGGUAACUCUACCAUUGUCACCAUAUUGUCAUUUCAAUCAUUGUCACAGCACCAAUAAAGUCUAUCCUUGUUA